GAGCGAGUGCAGAGGAGUUUCCCGCACCCCAUCGAGAAAUGGGCCAUCGCCGACGCUCAGGCCGCGAUCGAGAAGAGGAAGAGGAGGAACCCGCUAGCGCUGCCUGUCGACAAGAUCCACCCUCUCCUGCAGGAGGUUCUGGGUUAUAAGAUCGAUCAUCAGGUGUCGGUGUACAUCGUGGCGGUGCUGGAGUACAUCUCUGCAGAUAUACUGAAGCUGGCGGGAAACUACGUGAGAAACAUUCGUCACUAUGAGAUCUCGCAGCAGGACAUCACUGUGGCCAUGUGUGCCGAUAAGGUACGGCUGCACCAUUCGCUUGGGAAAGUUCUAGUGUGCUCUGUUCUUCAGGACGUGGAGAACAUCUUCAGCCGGAUCGUGGACAUCCAUGAGGUGACGGUGAAGCUGCUGGGGCUGAUCGAGGACACGGUGGAGAUGACCGACGAGGGCAGUCCUCACCCGCUCGUGGGCAGCUGCUUCGAGGACCUCGCCGAGGAGCUGGCCUUUGACCCCUACGAGACGUACGCACAGGAUAUCCUGCGCAGCGGCUUCCACGAUCACUUCCUGAGUCAGCUGUCCAAACCUGGAGCGGCCAUCUACCUGCAGUCCAUCUGUGAAGGCUUCAAAGAGGCGGUGCAGUACGUGUUGCCGCGGUUACUCCUCACACCCGUCUACCACUGCCUGCAUUACUUCGAGAUUCUAAAGCAACUGGAGGAGAAGAGUGAGGAUGAGGAGGAUAAAGAGUGUUUGAAACAAGCCAUUACAGCCCUACUGAACCUGCAGAGCAGCAUGGAGAGAAUCUGCUCCAAGAGCCUCGCCAAGAGACGCCUCAGCGAGUCGGCGUGCCGCUUCUACAGUCAGCAGAUGAAGGGCAAACAUCUGGCCAUCAAGAAGAUGAAUGAGAUCCAGAGGAACAUCGACGGCUGGGAGGGCAAAGACAUCGGCCAGUGCUGCAACGAGUUCAUCAUGGAGGGGACGCUCACGCGGGUCGGCGCCAAACACGAGCGCCACAUCUUCCUCUUCGACGGCCUCAUGAUCUGCUGCAAGUCCAACCACGGCCAGCCGCGUCUGCCGGGAGCCAGCGCCGCCGAGUACCGGCUCAAAGAGAAGUUCUUCAUGAGGAAGGUCCAGAUCAACGACAAGGACGAUAAGGAGGGCGAGUACCGGCACGCCUUCGAGAUCAUCCUGAAGGACGGGAACAGCGUGGUGUUCGCCGCUAAAUCUGCGGAGGAGAAGAACGGCUGGAUGGCGGCGCUGAUCUCGCUGCAGUACCGCUCCACGCUGGAGCGCAUGCUGGACACGGCCAUGCUGCAGGAGGAGAAGGAGGAGCAGAUGAGGCUCCCCGGGGCCGAGGUGUACCGCUUCGCCCAGCCCGACUCCGAGGAGAACGUCGUGUUCGAGGAGAACGUCCAGUCCAAAUCCGGCAUUCCCAUCAUCAAAGCCGGAACGGUGCUGAAGCUCAUCGAGCGGCUGACCUUCCACAUGUACGCUGGUUUGAUAUUCCUGAACCCAAACCCACGGAAGCGGAUCAGAUGGCCAUGGAGAACGGAGACCAGCCAAACGGUCGGCAGUGUUUGGACUAAAGAAGACAAAGAGAUCAACUCCCCGAACCUGCUGCGAAUGAUCCGCCACACCACCAACCUCACGCUGUGGUUCGAGAAGUGCAUCGUAGAAACGGAGAACGUGGAGGAGCGCGUGUCCAUCAUAUCGCGCAUCAUCGAGAUCCUGCAGGUCUUUCAGGAGCUCAAUAACUUCAAUGGCGUUCUGGAGGUGGUGAGCGCCAUGAACUCAUCGCCCAUCUACAGACUCGACCACACCUUCGAGCAAAUCCCGAGCAGACAGAGGAAGAUUCUGGAGGAAGCUCAUGAACUCAGUGAAGAUCAUUAUAAGAAAUAUCUGGCUAAACUCAGGUCCAUCAACCCCCCUUGUGUGCCCUUCUUUGGGAUUUAUUUAACAAAUAUUCUGAAAACUGAGGAGGGAAAUCCAGACUUCCUGAAGAGACAUGGCAAGGAACUGAUCAACUUCAGCAAACGGCGGAAAGUGGCGGAAAUAACCGGAGAAAUCCAGCAGUACCAGAACCAGCCGUACUGCUUACGUGUGGAAAACGACAUACGGGUCAGAAACACUGCUCACAUUAAUUACACUACCAUUUUUUAGAAGAAAUUAAUAAUUAAUCCAAAGAAGUACAGCUGUCCUCUGAAGUCUCCGGGUGUUCGCCCGUCAUCCGUCCGCCCGGGAACCAUGCGACACCCGACGCCGCUGCAGAACGAGCCCCGGAAGAUCAGCUACAGCCGCAUCCCAGACAGCGAGACGGAGAGCAGCAUCGCUUCAGCGCCCAACUCUCCCCGCACUCCACUGACACCUCCACCAGCCUCCACCGCAUCCAGCUCCACCGAGAUCUGCAGCGUCUUCGACUCCCCGCAGCCGCCCUCCAGCCCCUUCCACUCCAACAGCGACUCUAUAUUCGCUUCGGUCGCUCUGCCUCACGGUCCACGAUCUUCUUCCGUGUCGUCGAUGAUGAGUUUCCUCCGGAACGACGAGCUUCCCGUUCCUCCGCCCAUCCCGCCGCGCCGCCGGCCCGAAUCUGCGCCCGCCGAGUCCUCGCCCUCUAAGAUGAUGUCGAAGCACCUGGACAGUCCUCCGGCGAUCCCGCCGCGUCAGCCCACCUCCAAGGUGUACUCUCCCCGUUACUCGCUGACGGAGCCGCCUGACAGCCCGCCCACCCUGCCGCCGCGGGAGCCGGUGCGAACGCCAGACGUCUUCUCCAGCUCCCCGCUGCACCUGCAGCCGCCUCCGCAGGGCCGCCGCUCCGAGCCCAGCCAGGCCUUCUUCCCGCCGCAGACACCCGGGCCGCCCGUCCCGCCACGCCACAGCACCUCGCAGUCGCCCAUCCCCAAACUCCCGCCCAAGACCUACAAGAGAGAGUCGGUCCACCGCGACGGGCCGCCGCUCCUGGAGAACGCAAACCCCUCGUAGAGCGACGCGCCUA